AUGAAAGAGGUCACUUUGCAGGAGGAUUAUUGCUAUUCACAGUGGCUAAGUCACCUUAAUGUGUCUGACUAUAAACGAGGAGCCUUCUUCAAAUAUUAUCAUGAAACACCAGUGGGCUUUCAGUUUGGUGUUAUCAAAGCAUGGGUGAAGGCUAGAGAGAAUUUGAUGUGGAAGGGGAUGGAUAAACAGAUUAACUCAUUGGUGAUGAACUGUAAAAUCAGUUGUAGUAGCAAACCUCCAUUAAAUAUCCAACAAGAUAUGGUUAAUGAGCCUAUGAAAAAAUUAUAUGUGGAUUAUGUGAGUCCAUCCCUAUGCUCUAGAGUGGGUAACUGGUAUGUAUAUGCAUGCAUAGAUGUGUCUAUAUGCUUUUUCUGCUUGCUCCCUACUUGCAGUGUUAUAUCUCAAGUAUCAAUGAAGUGUUUACAGGGGAUAUUUGUAAUCUUUGGUCCUUGCUGUGCUUUAUUUUCUGAUAAUGUAAUGACAUUCAAAUCUACUGCUUUUUGUAACUUUUGUUUUGAAAUAGGAAUGGUUCACAGCACUACUACACCAUAUUACCCAAAUACUUCCUUUGUGGGACAUGUGAACCGCAGUUUGAGAGCAGCCUUGAUUGCAUUGCAUUACAGAGACAAAUUAUGGGAGAGCCCUUGCUCGGUUUUUGCGGCUUACUCAGAUUUUGCACUUUGUGGCUCCAGUCACCUUGCUGGCAAGGAACCACCAAACUAA